GUUAAGAAGCGCAGCGGGACAGUAGUGUUUCUGUGAAGAUUAGAUUUUAAAAAUGUUUCAUUUAUGCAUGGAGGAGGCAAAGAGAGAUGGCGAUGAGGACAUGACGGUAGUCAUCUAUACAACCACAGAUGAUUUUGAUGUCUAUGACCCAGAGGCCAAAGACAACAUCACAAAGACUCACCAACAAAUUCAACACACAGUUACCGGAAACAACUCUGCCUGGAAAAUAUAUUGCAUAGUGACUGCAGUUUGUUUGGUGCUGCCAUGUGUUCUCCUGCUGACUGCCACCACAGUGCUGUGGAUCAAAUGUGACAUCCUGAAGACAGAAAACAAGCAGCUACAAUACAAUUACACCCUGUUCAAAGAGAUGGAAAAUUUAAAGAUCGAAAGAAAUGAAUUCCUGAGGCUUUCUAAACUGGGAUGGAUAUAUUUCAACUCCAGUAUUUACUACUUCUCUGAUGAAGAAGAGACCUGGAAUGAAAGCAGACAAGACUGCAGACAGAGAGAAGCAGACCUGGUGAUCAUAAACAGCACAGAGGAACAGAAGUUUAUUGCGAAACAGCUGGACUGGAGGCGGGCUUGGAUUGGUCUGACUGACAGAGAAACAGAAGGGGUGUGGAAAUGGGUGGAUAAUACACCACUGACCACUGCGUACUGGGAUGAGGGGCAACCGAAUAAUGAACAUAAUCAAGAGGACUGUGCAGAGAUUAUGGGUUUUCCAGAAACAAAGCCAUGGAACGACAGGAAAUGCUCAGAUUAUAAAUUAUGGGUCUGUGAGAAAUGUUUUUGUUGUGAAUAAGUAUUAUUAACAGUGAACAGUACAGUAAAAUGGUACAAUAUUCACAAAUUAAUAUGUAAUAUGAUAUAAUUAAUAUUAUAAUUAAUAUAUAAUAUGAGUAAUGGAGAGUGUGGGAAAGAGGUAAAGAAGCGAGUGCAGGCAGGUUGGAAUGGGUGGAGAAAGGUGUCGGGAGUUCUGUGUGAUAGAAAAAUGUCAGCGAGAAUCAAGGGGAAGGUGUACAGGACAGUGGUGAGACCAGCCAUGCUGUAUGGUUUAGAGACAGUAUCACUGAGACAGAGACAGGAGUCAGAGCUGGAGGUAGCUGAGCUGAAGAUGUUGAGGUUCUCUUUGGGAGUGACAAGGUUGGACAGGAUUAGGAACGAGUACAUCAGUGGGACAGCUCAGGUUGGACAUUUGGGGGACAAAGUUAGAGAGGCCAGGUAAAGAUGGUUUGGACAUGUCCAGAGGAGGGAGAGUGAGUAUAUCGGUAGGAGAAUGUUGGACAUGGAGCUGCCAGGCAGGAGGAAAAGAGGAAGGCCAAAGAGGAGGUAUAUGGAUGUAAUAAAUGAGGAUAUGAAGCUAGUGGGUGUAAGUGUUAAGGAUGCAGAAGAUAGGGAUAGGUGGAGAGAGAUGAUUGGCUGUGGCGACCCCUGAAGGGAAAAGCCGAAAGAAGAAGAAAGAAGAUUCUACACAUGCUGUAUCAGCAUCACACAAUUGACUAGACAAAAUGCACAAUGUAAUCUCACACUCCGCUGUCACCCAAAUGAGUAUGGGUUCCCUUUUGAGUCUGGUUCCUCUCAAGGUUUCUUCCUCAUACCAUCUAAGGGAGUUUUUCCUUGCCACAGUUGCCUCAGUCACCUCAGGCUUGCUCACUUGGGAUAACAUCUAGGACUGUUUGUCUGUUUAUAUGUUUGUUGUUUUCUUAUGUUGUUUCUCAUGCAAAGCUGCUUUGAGACAUUGCUCUUUGUUAA